CGGAGCUUAGUUUUCAUCUCCCGAACAAUUCAUACCCAAAUCUCACAAUGGCGCAAAAGUUACCCCCGCUGAGAUUCGUGAGAUCGGUCUUGAAAUCCUUUAUGGCCGAGUCCGGCUUAGAGCCGAGGCUACUAGGGCCGCACUUCAGAGUUACAAACGCCGCUGUAGGGAAGGUUGAUUUCGAAUUAGAUAUCACCAAGGACCACACGAACCGCCUGAAUAUUAUACAUGGCGGUACAAUUGCUAGCAUGGUAGACUUAGGAGGCUCCCUCGCUGUCUCAUCGAUGGGGCUUUAUGCGACGGGCGUGUCAACAGAUCUAAACGUCACUUAUCUAAGCGGCGGUGGUAAAGUUGGCGACAAGAUCACCGCUACCGCCAUUUGCGACAAGAUCGGCAAGACAUUAGCUUAUACGUCUGUAACUUUCCGGAAUGCCAAAGGCGAACUCGCUGCAAGGGGAAGUCAUACAAAAUACGUAACGCAAGCUUGGAAGGCCCAGGAAACUCCAUUUGUACCCCCUGAUAAUGCAGAGAUAGAAGAGGCUUAGAUUUGAUACUUUUUAAGACGGGAAACGUGUUCGAUACUUAUUAUACUACUACCUUUAAACGGAUUCGAGUAGCUAAGCGUAUAAACGUAAUGUAACUACGGCGAGGCCUUCCUUGACAAAAUCCCCGAUUUACUAUUGCUUUACUGCCUACACAACGUUCAAACAGAUCUUCUAUUGCAUUGGGGGAUCGA